AUGGCUAUCGGUGAACUCGUCACCGACGACUCGUUGUUGCCCGUGCUCGGCACCAGCGCCGAAACACUGGCGCAAUGCCAGCAGUUGAUCGCUCUGCUGAACCCCGACCAGGUGCCGACCGAGUCCGCCGGUCUCCAAGAGCUGUCGCUGGCAGUAUCGAAGCAGCAGAAGAUCCUGUUUGCGCGACUUGCGCAGCUGCGUGGACAAAAUCGCGAUGCGAUCUUUCGGGUGCGUGACACCAAGCACGCCACUGCCGAGGCUCGUCAGGAGAUCGACCGACUCCAUCUCCAAUUACAAAAUCUGUACUACGAGCAGAAACACCUAAUGGGCGAGAUCGCCGCCUGUGAAUCAUAUGAUCACAAGUACCUCGCCCUCCCGCUGAUCCCCGUGGAGGAAUUCCUCGAGCUCUUUCCCGAACACCGCGAGUCCAGUGAACAUGAUCUCAUGGUUGCGCGCAUCAACCACGAACACAGUGAACGCGAAAAACUCGAGCAAGCUCGACAGGAGCUCCUCAAACGCAAGCAAGCUUUGAUCGCAGAGAACAAGAAGCGCAAGGACGACCUGGCCAGUUUGGACAAGGAUUUGGAGAAAUUCAUUGAUGCUGCCAAACCGAUUCAGAAGCUUUUCGAGAAGGAAUAUUGA